AUGGCUCCAACUAAGUCUGGAAAGACAGAUGAGCCAGAGAUGGACUUUGAACGUCUUAAUCAGAUGAUGGAAAACUUAUCAAAGCAAGUGGCAGAUUCAGACACAAGAUCCAGACUCGUGGAACAUCGCCUUGCAGACUUAGAAGCAGCUAACCAACAUGAUGAAGCAAGUGUGAAUGGAGAAGAGAGGAAUCAUGAUCAACAAUGUCAUGAUAGAAGGAAUGAUCGAGACGCAGAGAGACACAAUUUUCAUCGUGGCUAUGAGCAAGACCCCGAUGAAAGGGUGAUGAGAUCAGUGAAAGUUGACGCUCCUAAUUUUGAUGGUGAGCUAAAUCCUAAAGCACUCCUCGACUGGUUGGCUACCAUGGAUUGCUAUUUUAAGUGGCAUGACAUGUCUGAAGCUCGAAGGGUGAGAUUUGCUAAGAUAAAAUGGGUGGGUCAAGCUGGAUUGUUUUGGACUAAUGUUGAAACACAGCUAGAGAGAGAUGGUGAAGAACCAAUCGUCCACUGGAGUGAGAUGAAAGAAAGGUUGAAGCAGAAAUAUCUACCAUUCUCCUAUCAACAGAGUUUUUUGGACGAGUGGCAAACUCUUCGUCAAGACGAAAUGCCAGUUGCUGAAUAUAUUGCAAAAUUUGAGGAAUUCAUGCUGAGAUGUGACAUAAGGGAAGAUCAAAGGAUGACUUUUUCUCGGUUUAGAUCAGGACUUCGUCCAGAGCUUCAAAGGGAAUUAAUUCCUCAUACGGUGAAUACCUUGGAGAGGGUUUUUCAGAAAGUACAAGAAUUAGAGAAGUAUUUGAAAUCUUCCAAUGUAGUCAAGCGAGUGGAUCCUUACAAAUCUGAUUUUCGUGCUGGUACAUCUGGGACAAAGCCUAAUGCAACGACUAAGGGUUUCACAACGACAAGUUCAGUUAGAAUUGACAAAGGAAAAGGAGCACUAGUGGAUACACGAAAUGGUGGAACACAAAGAUGUUACAAAUGUCAAGGUUUUGGACACUUUGUUGUCCAAUGCCCAACGAAGGAGACAACAAGAAGUCUGAUCACAAACAUUGACAAACAAAAUGACGAUCAAGACGAUUUUGAGGAAGAUGCUUAUGAGCCCCAACAACCUGCUGAAGAUUGUGGAAACGACUUUGAAGCCCCUCAUCCAACAUUAUCAGUAGUAAGGUGUACUUUGGCUCAACCAAGGAAGGAAACUGAGGAUAGGCGUAGAACUUCUAUUUUCCACACUUACAUCAAGUCUGGUGAUAAAGAUUGGAAAGUGAUCAUAGAUAAUGGCAGUUGUAUGAAUGUUGUAUCAACACUUACUGUCUCGCGUCUUGGCUUAUCAACCGAAAAACAUCCUGAACCAUACAAAGUAACAUGGAUCGACAAUACUUCUUCAAUCCCUGUUACCCAGCGGUGUCAAGUUCCUAUUCAAUUUUCAUCUUACAAAGAUCAUAUUUGGUGUGAUGUGGUGGCAAUGGAUGUGGGCCAUAUUCUCUUGGGAAGGCCAUGGAUAUACGAUCACAACGUGACCAUCUUAGGUCGAGAAAACAUGUGUUCAUUCAUCCACAAAGGGAAGAAAUUCACGUUCAAGCCACUUCAACCCAAGAUUGUGAAUAACAUACAACAAGCAAGGAGGAAAAGAGUCAAGUAA